CACAAACACAAAACAACAGAAAAUGUCAAGUUUAAUACGUAAGUCCAUAAGUGAUAAGAUAUCUCAAUUAGUAAAAAACCACAAUGUCUACUAUGAGCUGGAAGUUCCUUUGAAAGCUGCAGCCGCCAAUGGAAAACCGGCAUUGCAGUGGUCAGUAAAGGGUAAUGCAAAUCACAAUGAAGAGCUCUUAAAAGAAGUAAAAAAUUUAAAUUAUGACCAGGAUUUAGUGGAAAAUACAAAACUAAUACCAGCAAAUGGUAAAAUUCCAGCCAAAGUAGAAUUUACUUUAAAAGAAUCGGCUUUUGUGGAGACUUUAUUAAGCGAAAAUGUUUUAAUGAAUCAACCUAAAUAUGAUGAGCAUAUGGUAUUUGAAUAUAGUUCUCCCAACAUAGCUAAACCAUUUCAUGUGGGUCAUAUACGUUCCACUAUCAUAGGUAAUGUUUUAGCUAAUCUCCAUCAAAAUCUUGGUUAUACUGUGACAAAAAUGAACUAUUUGGGUGAUUGGGGCACACAAUUUGGCUUGCUGCAGGUGGGAGUAGAAUUACUACAGGUGACAGAACAACAAAUGCAAGAAAAUCCCAUAGAAACUUUGUAUAAAGCUUAUGUCAAGGCUAACAAAGAGGCAGAAACAGAUACUUCUAUAGCUCAAAAGGCCAGAGAUUAUUUCAAAGAAUUGGAAAGUGGCCAACAGUCAACAGAGCUCAGCAAACAAUGGCAGAAUUAUAGAGAGUAUACAAUUAAAAAUCUCGAAGCUGUUUAUCAACGUUUAGGUGUUACAUUCGAUGUUUAUGACUGGGAGUCCCAGUAUAGUCAGAAGCAAAUUUCAGCAGUUUUACAGAAGCUUGAAGAGAAAAACUUAUUGUUGCCCGAAAAAGAUGGUCGUAAAGUUGUGGUAGUUGAUAAACGUCGUGUACCGGUUAUAAAAAGUGACGGUUCUACUUUGUAUUUAGCUCGAGAUAUAGCUGCACUUUUGGAUAGAUGGCAGCGAUUUAAGUUUGAAAACAUUUUCUAUAUUGUGGAAAACGGACAGACAGAUCAUUUUAAGGCUUGUUUUCAAACCACAUCCAGAUUGAGUAAUGAAAUUAAAGAAACUAAAGUGAAACAUGUAAAAUUUGGUCGUAUUCACGGCAUGAGUACCCGCAAAGGACAAGCAGUAUUCCUUAAAGAUUUGCUGGAUGAAGCAAGAGAUAUAAUGCAUGAAAAACAAUUAAAAAGCCCAACUACAAAAGUUGAUAUAACUUCCUCAGAAGUGGCUGAUGUCUUGGGAGUAUCUGCUGUUAUCAUAAACGAUUUAAAACAAAGACGCCAAAGGGAUUAUGAGUUCUCCUGGGAUAAAGCUUUACAAGUAAAUGGUGACACGGGCAUAAAACUGCAAUAUACACACUGUAGAUUAAAUAAUCUAAUCGAACAAAAUUGUAAUAUAAAUAUUGACAAACCACAGUUUUCAUGGAAAAAUCUAGACGAACCAGAAGCUUAUGAGCUGCUAAAUGAAAUUGCUAGAUUUCCGCAAAUACUAUGGCAGGCUAAAGAACAAUUGGAAGCGUGUAUUUUAGUAAACUAUUUAUUUUCCUUAAGCAAUACCACCAGUCGUGCCCUUAAACGUUUGCCCGUUAAAACAGAAAGUAAUUUCGAAAAAAAACAACAUCGCUACUUGCUAUUUCAAACGUCUAAAAGUAUACUCAAACAAGGCAUGGAAAUAUUGGGUUUAAAACCUUUAAAUAAAAUGUAA